AUGUCGUUUAUUCCCAACACUCUGUACUAUGCUUCUGCGGCUAUACAUGCUAUCUCAAUACCCGGGCAUAUUAUGUUCGGUAUCAACGAAGUCGAUCCUGCCAUAGCUGCAAUCCCGUCAGACAGUAAGCAUGCCCUUGGCAAGGCGACUGCAACGACCGCUUGGGAUAUGGUCAACGUCCUUUUGGCCGCUUCUGCCCUUCUGAACAUCCAAUGGGCAAGGGUGACUGUCAGGACGGCCGAAGAGAAGUUGAUAAUAUGGGCCACGGUGAUUGCAGGUGCCUAUACUGGAUGGAGGUAUUACAGACAGAGAUCUUAUACUGGCCUUGGCUGUUUGUGGUUUGCUCCUUGGUUGACCCUCGGUGCGAUGAUUUAUCAGAAGGGUCUGAAAUUGUGA